GGCGGGUGCCCGCUGCCCGGGAGCGGCGACCCCGCUUUGCGGCUCCGCAAACUUUGGCAGGGGCGACAUGGAGCUGCGGGAGGCGCCGGCGGCGCCCCUCAACCGCUCCGGCGCCAGGGCAGAGCCGUCCCGCGGGGAGUUCAACCUCUCCGGGCUGCCGGAGGCGGAGGGCAAGCCCCUCUUCGGGAUCGGCAUCGAAAACUUCAUCACCUUGAUCGUCUUCGGCUUGAUCUUCGCCCUGGGGGUGCUGGGCAACUCGCUGGUGAUCACGGUGCUGGCGCGGAGCAAGCCGGGCAAGCCUCGCAGCACCACCAACAUCUUCAUCCUCAACCUGAGCAUCGCCGACCUGGCCUACCUGCUCUUCUGCAUCCCCUUCCAAUCCACGGUCUAUGUGCUGCCCACCUGGGUGCUGGGCGCCUUCAUCUGCAAGUUCAUCCACUACUUUUUCACCGUCUCCAUGCUGGUGAGCAUCUUCACGCUCUCAGCCAUGUCCGUGGACCGCUACGUGGCCAUCGUGCACUCCCGGCGCUCCUCGGCCUUGCGUGUCUCCCGCAACGCUCUUCUGGGCGUGGGGCUCAUCUGGGCGCUCUCCUUCGCCAUGGCCUCGCCUGUGGCGCACCACCAGCACCUCUUCCACCGCGAUGCCAGCAACCAGACCUUCUGCUGGGAGCAGUGGCCCAACCCACUACACAAGAAGGUCUACGUGGUUUGCACAUUUGUCUUUGGCUACCUGCUCCCACUACUGCUCAUCUCCUUCUGCUACGCCAAGGUUCUUAAUCAUCUGCAUAAAAAGUUGAGAAACAUGUCAAAGAAGUCAGAAGCAUCCAAGAAAAAGACAGCACAGACUGUGAUGGUGGUGGUAGUGGUUUUUGGCAUAUCCUGGCUGCCACAUCAUGUGAUUCAUCUCUGGGCUGAAUUUGGAGUUUUCCCACUGACUCAAGCCUCAUUCCUCUUCAGAGUAACUGCACACUGCCUGGCUUACAGCAAUUCUUCUGUGAACCCGAUUAUAUAUGCAUUCCUCUCUGAAAAUUUUAGGAAGGCCUACAAACAAGUCUUCAAAUGCCAGAUAGGUAAUGAGUCACCUCUGAAUGAUGCUAAGGAAAAUAAAAGUCGGAUAGAUACACCACCAUCUACCAACUGUACACAUGUGUGAACUUUGAAAAGUGCUGUGUGUUGGGUUUUCCUUUGUGUGAACUAGACUUCUAGAAAACAAAGCACAAUGAGCAUUAUUUUCAGCUUUACCUUGAUAAUUGGUAUUUAAUUUACUGAAAUUGUGUUUGUAGCAAAACUUUGUAAAACCAAUAUGAAAGAUAACUGCGUUGAUCCUUUGUAUCGUAGAUAUCUUUAACCAAAUGAAGCUCUUAGAACUUUGAAAGAUAUUUCCGAAAAAAUGUUGGUGAUACGUCUGUAUUCAUUAAGCAUACAGUGAAUGAACAUUCAAAUACAACAUGCACCAUCCAUGUCUAUGAAGAAAGAUGCAUUAAUAUGGACAAGUAGUUGUGCAGUUCUGAACUGAAUUUUCUGACAUCUUACUCCAUAAAAGUGAAGAGAUAGCUAAAUCUUCUGUCUUAAAGAUAUAACAAAUAUUGUGUAGUACUGUGAUUUCAGGGAGGAAUAUUCAGAUAUCAAAUCAAAUCUAAAACUUUUGUUCUCUCUUCAGAUUUUGCGUUGACAAGACUUUUUCUCUUUUUAAAGUAAACAUGGGCUCUGAUUCUGCAUUGAAAUAACUUGUGUACAAGUUAAGGCAAUUGCUUUAGAGAGGAAAUGCUGGGGUUUUAUCUAUUUAGCUGUGUUUUUAAUGUAACAUACUGAAUAAUCAUGGACUUUUUUUCCCUUCCUAUGCUUUGCCUGACUGCACACCCAAAACCUUUGUGUACGCUAUUUAAGUAUUUAGUUGUAUCAAAGGAAGAUUCAUGUCUCCCUGAGGGAAGGUUUUCUUUAGGUGUUGCGUACAUAUGUGUGUGUGUAUGUAUAUGUUUUGUUUACUUUAUAGACUUCAAGAUAGAGAUAUAGUUUUAAAUGUGCAAAAUAUCCAUGUUUCUUAAAGAAAUUCCAGGCAAUGUUUAAGUAUUUAAAAAUAGCGUUGCAUAUCAAAUUCUAAGAGGGGUUUGAUAUCAUAUAGUUCUAAAUUGGAAAAAUUAAAAAGGAUGCAUUUAAAUCAGUGCACAGUAUUUAACAUAAGUGGUCCAAUUCUGUAAAUUCUGAAAUAACAUGAGCAGUUUCUUCAAUUUUUUGUCAGUUCCUGAUAUGUCUUUAAGUUGUAAACCUCUACAGAAAUAGGAGAAGGGCACUCAGUCACAGGUGUUAACAGUCUUUCAGGAUCUUUGAGAACACCUGAUGUGGUUCCCAUCUGAGCUGACAGAGCAUCUCCAUGAGUUUUAGCUGGAGUAAGAUAUGCUUUUACAUUUUUAUGGCUUUUUUUAGAGAUUUGUAGAAUCUCAGAGUAAUUUAGUUUCGAAGGAACCUCGAGGUUAUCUCAUAGGUGGGCUGACCUUGGAGUUAGAUGGGUUCCUUGUCCAGGGAAGUCUUGAAAAUCUCCAAGGAUGGAGAUUUCACAGCUUUUCUGGGCAACCUGUGCCAGUGCCUAAUCACCCUCAAUUUGUGCACCUUGUGACCGUUGUCUUCUGUCCUUUUCCCUAUGCACUUCUGAAAAGAGUCUGGCUCGGUCUUCUCUAUAAGACAUACCUGAAAACAGCAGUUAAAUUCUCCCCUUAGCCUUCUCCAAGCUGAACAAAUGCAGGUCCCUCAGUCUCUCUCCAUGUACUGUGCUCCAGUCCCCUAAGCGUACUGGUGGCCUUCCACCAGACUUGCUCCAGCUUAUUUAUCAUCCCUCUCUCGAACUGGGAUGUUCAAAACUGGACGCUAUAUUCCAGAUGUGAGAGCUAUUCAGCCUCACAACUGCUGAGUAGAGGGGACUAAUCACUGUUCUUUCCUGCUGGCUGAUUCUUGCUCAUACAACCCUGUACAUGGUUCAUUGCUAGAAGGGUAUGCUGCUGGCUCAUUUUCAACUUCUUACUUACAAGCAGAACUUGUACUUUUCUGCAGAAUUGCACCCGGUCAGUCCCACUCCAAGGUUCAGGACUUUGGAUGUACUGUUUUUGACCUUCCUCAGAUACCUAUAGUCCCAUUCCUCCGGUUUAUCAAAGCCCCUCUGAAAGAUAGCCCUGUCCUCCAGUGGGUCCACCACUGCACCCCAUUUUGGUGUAAUCUGCAAACUUGCUGAGAGUGUGUUCUGUCUCCUUGUCCAGGUCAUUGAGUACAACAUUAAAUAGUGUCAGCCAGUAUCUGUCAAAUUCUUUUUUUCUCCAGAGACUUACUUUAAGAAAACUUUCAAACUGAUAGAAGAUAACUAUGACAUUACCUGAGAAAUUCAGUCAAUAAUUAAAUUACUGAGGUUUAGUUCACAUGAAAAUGUCUAGUCACAUGUCAACCUUAUCUACUUUAAAUAAUACUGAAUACAUGCUAUUUCAUGCAUGAUAUUUCUGUCCAUUCUUUCAUAUGAAGUAGUAUGAUGUUAUUGCUGCAAACACAAAAUACGUGAAAGCUUGAUUAGAAAGUUGGAGAGGAAGGGCUCAUCUGUGCAGGAAACUAUUUUCUGAAUUAGGUUUGAGGUUAGGUAACACUGAGCAAUAUUAAAGUUUGUUUGAUCUUUCAGAUUUUUCAGAGCUUAUAAUACAAAUUUAGUCUUAAUGGACCAGCUAUGUAAUUAAAAAUACAAAACCUGGCAAUUCUGCAUGAAUUCAUGCCACCCUUAACUCUGAGUUUUCACAUUUUUUAUAUCACUUAAUCUCUAAUUUUUUCCCACUGAAAAAAUAAAACAAGUGACUUCAGAGAUGUACAUACAAUAGAUUUCUGCAGAAAAGAUUUAGUGCCAAGUAAAUGUAAUGUGGUCUUGUGCCACGGAUCAGCAACAUUAUUAGAGCACUAACAGACUUCAGCUCAAUUUAUAAUUUAUAAAAGUUAUAUUAGGUGAUCCUACAGCUUGGAAAAUUACAUUUUCUCCUGUUAAAAAAAUGCUUCUGAUCUUACUACUGCAAGUAAAAAAUUAUAAUGUAAAUAAAGAACUGUAUAAGGUUUAGAUGCUAAGUUGACUGUUUCAUGUGGAAAAGGCUUUGUUUCUUAGUGUUAGAUGAUUUUAAACACAGAUGUUUGAUAGUCAGUAAUGGGGCUUCAUCUGUUUGAAAUUUUGAGGAGGAAGGGGUGGGGAAGGACUGCAGACAGGAAUAGUUAGUAAGGCUUCUGGCACCACCCGGUGCUGCUUGUGAGCAUCACUAAAACUUCCACCUCGCUUUUCAGAGGAGUCAUAGAAGAAUGGCUGCUCCUGAAACAGAUGGGGAGAUUUCUUUGGGAAGGUGGAACUGCUGUAAAAAAUGGUAGGAGUGGUUUGAAGCCUCAAGGUGCAGGUAAUUCUGUUUCACUUGCUCAUUAUAUUCAUGGGAUAUACCGUGUUGUAAACUCUAAGAGAAAGCUCAGGCUCCAAGGCUCAGUUUCCUCACUAAAACACUUAUCUUAAUGAGCCUGUCUACCAAGGGUUUACAUACCUAGCAGCAGCACAGAGAGAUGUUAAUGUAAAAACAGCGUUAAUAUAUGCUGCGAGCCAUGUCUAAUCCUUGAGUAGCUGGGCAGUUGCACAGGAAGAUGUUGUGCCAGAAACAUGGCUAAUUUGGGCAGAGAAAUCAGGGGCUGAGUAUAAUGAUCCCUUGCAACUGAAUAUCUGCUUUUAAGUCUGUUUCUGUUUGUUGUGGGAUGGGGAGGCAAGAGUUUUGCCUUGCUUAUUACUAGUAUGCUUUAUUAUGUGUUUGCAACCAGAAAUGUUAAUUUCCAUGUACAUUGAGGUAAAAAACCAUAAAUAAUUUCUCUGGCCAGGGCUGAAUUCUCUGUUGAUAGGAAGAUAAAUAUUCCCAUUGAAUUCAACACUACUGUAUUAGUGAGAAGAUAUUAUUUAGUACAAAAAAAGGAGACAAAAGGGACAUUUCCUCAAACUCCUCGCUAACUAAAGCAAAGUACGUGUGUGUAAUUAAGUACAUACUUAAAUUUGUGUGGGCCUUAAAUUGAGAGAAUUAGGGUUCCCAAAUAGAAGCUGCUAGUCGCAUGUUUUUGUAAACUCUAAAAAUUUAUUGUGUGUAUACUGUUGAAAUGCUGCAUCUUUGUGCAGUGUUUCACAGUAUCUCUAGAAGUUUAAAAUAGAUGCUAUAUAUAUGCACUUUCAGCGUUGAUGAUAGAAGUUGUAUGUCCCAUCAGACUAAAUAGUAGGAGUUGUUCUGUCUAUCUUAAAAAUGCACUUUAGCAGAGCAACUUAGAACAAGCCUUUGCUCUCCGUAGUUCUCUCAGCAGAGUGGAUGACAGGGAAGCGGCGAAGCGAGGCACAGAGAGGUAGCCUUGCUGCAGCUCUGCAGCAUCUCCCACGAACAGCGAGGGCCUCUAUUGUGCGUUUGUUGGCAAGCUGUAGAAAUGAGCUCAGUUCUUUCCAUCUUCUGAAGGAGCUUGUGCUAGGACAGUGCAGGAGGUUUCUAGUCGAUUUUGUUUUUUAUACUGCAGAAUGUUGGGGGGGUUUUUUGUUUUGUCUUGUUUUUUACCAUUUUUGCCUUAAAACGAUGCAGAAAUUUCAUUUAAACACUGUAUUGAUAGAAAGUGGGAAUUGUGAAAUUUAAUCUUCAAAGAGGUCUAGAAAUGAUUGUGGCAAGGUUAUUCGUUCAACAUUAACCCUGGUCAUUUGUGGGUAUGUGUUAUGAGCUAACAUUAACAAUGAUUAAGAUUGACAACUGAACACCAAAUUACACAACUGUGCUCUUCAACUAAUACAGCUUUUAAUAUUUUGCAUCACCUGGGAUAUAAGUGUGCAAUGGUAUGUGUACUAUGCACUGCUAUAUAUAAACCAGAUUAAGGAUUGAUAUGCAAAAUGGAAAAAAUUAAACAGCCCUUAAAAAAACAUAUUCAUCAAGUGAAAACACCCUGAAAAGUGCUGGGGACUUGCUGGCCUGUACAUUCAGCAGUGCUAACUUUAUAGGUAGUUAUAUCACCCAUUUAACUUAUCCUGAAGAGUGUAACCAAUUUUAGUUCAAAAAGAAGCUGAUGCUUAAUGGCUGCUUUUAAGCAAAUCAUUGAACUACACAGUUUUCAGUCAAGAGUAUUUACUAAACAUUUAUGAUAAGCACAUAAUGUAUGUAAAUGUAAACACAUUCAGAAUUUCUUAAACUUUCUAUCUUGUAUCCAAAAGUGCAGAGUUUUCUAAUAUUUUUUUCUUGUGUCUAAGAUCAGUAACAAUCAUAUGCUACAGUAAAUUAUAAAUAUGUGACAAAACUGCAUGGAAAUAAUGUGUGAAAUAGAUUAUGACUAUAAGGAGCAAAGGAAAUUUGUGAUUAGGUUCUACAAUCUGCAAACUUAACAGUCUUUUAAUAUCUUGUAUGAUGAAAUCCACUGGGGAUUACUUGCAAAUACUUCUGAAGUGUUUUUCUAAAUUUAAAGCUUUGAAAAAACAAAUGAUUUUGAAAAUAUAUGUUAAUUUUUGGCAAGAUAAGGUAUUUUAAUGAAAUGUCUUAAGUUCUGAUCCUUCUAGCUUUGUAUUCACUUUCAUUUUGUACACAUGAACCACUUAACAGCUUAAUCUUAUUGUUUUCAUAACCUAUUAUAUCCUCAUUUUUACAAAAUAACAUCACUAUCUCCAAGAGAUAAGCAUUAAGCUUUGUAUAUUAAAUAUUACAGUGCAACACAUUUUCCUUUAAAUGCCACAUUGUGUGGAAAGUGAUGGAUCUUUGUAUAAAAUAACUUUGUGAAAGUAUUAUUUUAGACAUAAUGAUCUUCAUGACUGCUUCACAGUAUGAUGUGUUACAUUGUACCUAAUGAUACUUGUUGUGUUUUGAGAAAGGAUAAAAACAGAGAAAAGGACAGUUUCUCAUUUACAGAGCUUGUAUUAGUAUUAUGUAUUCAGUACAUGUACAAAUGUUAAAGAGGAGAAAAUUAAAUUUUGUGUUUGUUUUGGUGUAUAAUGGAUGUAAAGUAACAUGCACUCAUUCUAAGAUAUACUGUACUUUGCAUGAAUUUUAAAAUGAUUUUUAAUAGAUGUGUACCAACUCUGCUUCUCUAUAUAAUAUGUACUGAAAUAUAAACUGAUUUUCUUACCAAAUGUUUAUGUAAUAUUUAAAAGAAAGCAAUGUCCUCAGAUAAACUUUCAGAAAAAAAUGUGUACACUAUACUCUAAUAGGGUUUUGUGACAAGAUGU